UGAUGUGUCAUUUUCGCCUCUCCUCUUUUUGGUUCGUACGGUCGUAUUCACACGGCGGUCGAGAGAUCUACAGAGUGACUUGGCUAACUAAGCUCAGUGAUCAGAGAAAUUGCCAGCUGGAAGACGGGGUACGGUCGCGAGUUUUCUCAGCUUGAUCUUCAACUUCUCACUUAUCGCACAGUUGCGAUUAACAUUAGAAUUGCUGGUCGCGAAAACGCUCCCAUUUCGUUGCAUUUGGUACGAAUUUUCAUAGCCGGAAAAGUGAACCAGGUUGGCUAGUGCUGGUAGCCUGCGUGUGUCGUGCCGUGUUCGCCCUUGAGAAAAUCCGCCCCCGAUUGGCUCGCGAGUGACUAAUUCCUUUUUUUGCCUCUUGGUCAUUCGAGUGCGAUUGUGCAAGUAUAUAGAGCGGAAGAAAAAUUAAAGCAGAGUGCGGGUAAAGUAACACAAGAGUGAAAAUGUUCAGUUGGCUUAAACGGGAACCCAAAGCGGAAGAGGUGGUCGAGAAUGUGCUCGGGGAGCUGAAGAAAAUCUACAGAAGCAAACUGCUUCCACUGGAGGAACAUUACAACUUUCACGAUUUUCACUCGCCUAAGCUGGAGGAUCCGGAUUUUGAUGCAAAACCGAUGAUAUUGCUGGUGGGCCAAUAUUCGACCGGCAAGACAACUUUUAUUCGUUAUUUGCUAGAACGGGAUUUCCCUGGAAUCCGGAUCGGACCAGAACCGACCACUGAUCGUUUCAUCGCGGUAAUGUACGAUGAAAAGGAAGGAAUUGUACCCGGAAAUGCGCUGGUCGUUGAUCCGAAGAAGCAGUUCCGUCCGCUGAGCAAAUACGGCAAUGCAUUCCUCAACAGGUUCCAGUGCUCAUCGGUGCCUUCGCCAGUGUUACGGGCCAUUUCGAUCGUCGAUACGCCUGGUAUUUUGUCAGGCGAGAAGCAACGAGUCGACCGAGGCUAUGACUUCACCGGUGUCCUCGAAUGGUUUGCCGAGCGAGUGGAUAGGAUUAUUUUGCUAUUCGAUGCCCACAAGUUGGACAUAUCGGAUGAGUUUCGACGUUCAAUUGAGGCACUACGUGGCCACGAUGAUAAAAUACGAAUAGUACUAAACAAAGCUGACAUGAUUGACCAUCAGCAGCUGAUGCGCGUCUAUGGUGCUCUUAUGUGGUCUCUGGGCAAAGUACUGCAAACUCCGGAGGUUGCUCGGGUUUACAUUGGAUCAUUUUGGGAUCAACCGCUUCGCUAUGACGUUAAUCGACGGUUAUUCGAAGAUGAAGAACAGGAUUUGUUCCGCGAUUUGCAGUCACUUCCGAAGAAUGCCGCCCUUCGAAAAUUGAAUGAUCUUAUCAAGCGAGCCCGGCUCGCCAAAGUACAUGCCUUCAUUAUUGCGGAGCUGCGCAAGGACAUGCCUUCGGUGUUUGGUAAAGACAGCAAGAAGAAGGACCUAAUCAAAAAUCUCGGUCAAGUUUACGAUCGUAUACAGAAGGAGCACCAGAUUUCUCCCGGUGAUUUUCCCGAUCUCAAGAAAAUGCAAGAGGUUCUUGCCAACCAGGACUUUUCCAAGUUUCACUCUCUGAGAAUUCCGCUGCUGGAGGUGGUCGACCAAAUGCUGGCCACCGAUAUUGCCCGUCUGAUGAGCAUGAUUCCACAGGAGGAGAUGACACUGGUUUCCGAACCACUGAUAAAGGGAGGAGCAUUCGACGGCGUGGAAGAUAUUGUGUCGCCCUUCGGUUAUCGCAAAGGUGAAGGCAUUGACGCUGGCUACGGAGAGGUGGACUGGAUUUGCAACCGAGAUCGUGCGCGUACCGAUCCGCUAUUUGAAUCACUGAAACCAGUGAAUGGCAAAAUUUCUGGUGCUGCCGCCAAGUCCGAGCUUAUUAAAUCCAAACUACCGAACAAUGUGCUGAGCAAAGUUUGGAAACUUUCCGAUUACGACCAGGACGGUUUUCUGGACGUAGAAGAGUUUGCGCUAGCGAUGCAUCUGAUCAACAUCAAAAUGGACGGUAACGAACUGCCGACCACACUGCCAGCCCAUCUUGUGCCGCCCUCGCAGCGAGGGCCCGAGCAGGAAUAGUUUUUUUCGGGCACAGCUCCGUUGAGUUUUUGCAUAUACCUACCUUUGCUGCUUCGCUUUCCUAUACAUUUAGUAGUACUGAGCUAGUCUGCUACAGUUUCUGCCUGCUGUCGAGUUGCCCAAUGGAGGAAGAACGGGGAGUAUUGUUCAGCUUCUGUUCCAAAUUGUGUAGCAGUAUUCGUUUUGGGUUCGACUCGAAAAUCACAAGUACCGACCAGUGCUGCAAUUCAAGAGAUAUAUUACCAUGUUGUUUGCAAGUUUUUUUUUUGCUUUCCUUCACGGUCAACUGCGUUCAAACGUCGAUUUUGACGAGCACGAAUACCUUAUACCACAGACACAAUUUAUCUAACUUAUUUAUAUAUACUUUAGAACGGAUUAAUUCAUUCACAUUUUUUGUUUGUUUUCUAUUUGUAAGCGUUUUACCACUUUAUAGCAUCAAUAUAUCGAAGAGCGUGUUUCUGGGUAGACAUUGUGCAAUGCAUUUUUGACAGGCACUAAUUGAUUUAUCGCCGAAUAUGUGUGCAAAUAUUUUCUAUAGGAGUUAAUUAGAUUAUCUGAUGAAGAUAAUAGAUGAGUACAGUUCAUUAUUUUAGUAAGCUCUUGAGUUCAUCCCAUCCAUUAUUUUAUUCUAUCUAUCGAAGAUUGAUGUUGGCAUGGUUUCAUCAAUGGCACAUUCUCGUUUGGAGCUUAAAGCCUGUGUCUCAUUUGUAAGGAUUAAGCAAGUAUUCUCUGUUAUCGUACACGUUUUUCUCGAACCAAAAAAAAUUGCUUGUAGGUAGAGCUGAACAAAAUUUCCACAAUUCACUGUUUACCAAGCUAAUUUGAAAUAAUUUCCGCUUUCGAAAGCACGCACUUCCUAAAAUUUACUUCACGCCAACCAACGUCAUCAAAUUUACGCUAAUCGUCCUCGUAACGCAAAUCCGCAAAACAUCAAAGACAGCAACAGAAGAAGCUGCUUCCUCUUGCGUGCCGCUCUUACGGUUGGGGGCCGUGCGACAUUGUUUAUCAUUAUCAAUCACAUUUAACUAUCGCAACCAUCAAUCAUAAGUUUCAAUCUCCCCCGCAAAAAAAACGUCACUUUGCAUCGUUUUUCUCAAUUUUUGAUACAAUAACCGCAAUAGCUUAAUAACCAUCAGACAGACAAUCCGAAACAGCAUAGAAACAAGGUUCGAUAAAAACCACCAAAAAUAAAAUUGCGUUGGCUUAAAUGUUUACAACUUUCUAUGACACCAACUCCGAUCAGCUUUGUUUAUAGUAAAGUAAGGUAGAGCUAGGUGAGAGCCUAGAAUAACGAACGCAUACAUUAUAUAUGAAGUAAGAAAACAGGGGGAAGCAUCCCCGGUACCUUGCUCUACGGUGAAAUCGAACACUAUAAAUCCGAAACCUACGAGAGGGCACGGAACAAAGAAACGUAUAUUUACAAGCAUAGCAUUUUUGAAGGAAUUUGUAAAAAAAAACUAUUUUUAAACGAACAGUUCGUUAAACUGUUCUAUUCAAUAGUGAUAAGAAUGAGGUAGAAAAAAGUGUAAGAAUCGUAAAUCAUGCGAAUAAAAUUUGUUCUCUUGAA